AGGGAAAAGCAGACAUGGGUGUGUCAUAACGGGGAGUGUCCCGGGACAGGCUCUUUAAAACAGCGGCUCUGAGCUCAGCUGCCACGCCGACUCGACGCCUUCCUCCCCCCGUUGCAGCUUGAAGCGUUCACCUCGUCUCGCCCACGUCUUCGUUUGUUUCAUAGCACAACCUUCGGGCUCUGUCAGGUAAAAUGGCACAGCACCCCGAGUUUGAGCGGGCAGGAAAGAAGCCAGGCCUCCAGGUGUGGAGGGUGGAGAACUUCAACCUGGUGCCCGUUCCUGAGAACCUGUACGGAGGAUUCUACACUGGAGAUGCAUACAUCAUCCUCAACACCAUCAAACAACGCUCAGGAAACUUGCAGUAUGACCUCCAUUUUUGGUUGGGUGAUUUUUGCACCCAGGAUGAGAGCGGCUCGGCGGCUAUCUUUACCGUCCAGAUGGACGACUUCCUGGGAGGAAAACCCAUCCAGUAUAGGGAAGUCCAGGGGCAUGAGUCCAAAACCUUUCUCGGAUACUUCAAGUCUGGGAUCAAGUAUAUGAAAGGAGGCGUGGCAUCAGGGUUCAAGCAUGUUGUCACCAAUGAGGUGGUUGUGCAGCGAGUUCUCCAGGUCAAAGGUCGUCGUGUUGUCCGUGCAACGGAGGUGCCGGUCAGCUGGGACAGCUUCAACCAAGGAGACUGCUUCAUCGUGGACUUGGGAGAUGAGAUUUAUCAGUGGUGCGGCUCCCAGAGUAACCGAUUUGAGAAGCUGAAGGCUACACAGGUCGCCAAGGGUAUCCGUGACAACGAGCGCAGCGGGAGGGCUCGAGUCUAUGUCUGUGAUGAGGGGAUGGAGCGAGAGAAGAUGAUUGAGGUUUUAGGAGAAAAACCAGAUCUGCCUGUCGGAGCCUCUGAUGACAUCAAGGCCGAUGCUUCCAACAGGAAGAGGGCCAAACUCUAUAAGGUGUCCAACGCCAGUGGAGGUAUGACCAUCGCGCUAGUGGCUGAAGAGAACCCGUUCCUCCAAACUGCCCUGGAGUCCGGUGACUGUUUCAUUCUUGAUCAUGGUUCCGAUGGAAAGAUUUAUGUGUGGAAAGGUCAAGACGCCAACAUGGAUGAGCGAAAGGCAGCCAUCAGGGCCGCUGAUGAAUUCAUAAAGAAGAUGGGCUACCCCAAACACACACAAGUGCAAAUCCUGCCCGAGAUGGGCGAGACGCCGCUCUUCAAGCAGUUCUUUAAGAACUGGAGGGACAAAGACCAGACAGUCGGCCUGGGCGUAGCCUACAUUGCCAACAGCAUCGCCAAGAUCGAGAAGGUGCCCUUCGACGCCGCCUCCCUGCACGAUUCCUCAGCCAUGGCCGCCCAGCACGGCAUGGUGGACGACGGCAGUGGAGAGAAACAGAUCUGGCGUAUUGAGGGGUCUGACAAGGUGGCAGUGGAUCCGUCUACAUAUGGAGAGUUCUUUGGAGGAGACAGUUACAUCAUCCUGUAUAACUACCAUCACGGAGGACGACGGGGGCACAUCAUCUACAUGUGGCAGGGCGUGGACUCCAGCCAAGAUGAAAUUGGGGCCUGUGCUAUCCUCAGCGCCCAGCUGGAUGAAGAGCUCGGAGGCGGUCCUGUGCAGGUUGUUGGUGCUCCUAUAACCACUCAGGUGAGGGUGGUGCAGGGUAAGGAGCCGGCCCAUCUCAUGAGUCUGUUCGGCGACAAGCCUAUGGUGGUCUACAAGGGUGGCACAUCCAGGGAAGGGGGUCAGUCCGCUCCUGCAGAGACUCGCCUCUUCCAGGUGCGCUCCAACUCGGCGGGCCACACCAGAGCUGUGGAGGUUGAUGCGGUGGCAGCCAACCUCAACUCCAAUGAUGCUUUUAUUCUGGUGACCCCUGGAGCUUCCUUCCUGUGGGUGGGAGUGGGUGCCAGUGACACGGAGAAGACGGGGUCUCAGCAGCUCUGUGACAUCCUGGGAGUGACGCCCUCUGAGCUGACUGAGGGAGGGGAGACCGGGGAGUUCUGGGACGCUCUGGGAGGAAAGACCGCGUACCGCACGUCUACCAGGCUGAAGGACAAGAUGGACGCUCACCCACCUAGGCUCUUCGCCUGCUCCAACAAGACUGGAAACUUCAUCAUUGAAGAGGUACCUGGUGAGAUGACCCAAGACGACCUCGCCACUGAUGAUGUCAUGAUCCUGGACACCUGGGAGCAGGUGUUUGUCUGGAUCGGAAACGAGGCCCAAGAGGAAGAGAAGACAGAGGCCAUGACAUCAGCGGUGCGUUAUAUCGAGACAGACCCAGCCAACAGAGACCGCAGGACCCCCAUCGUGAAGAUCAAGCAAAGCUUUGAGCCUCCUACUUUCACUGGCUGGUUCCUGGGCUGGGACCACGAUUACUGGACCAGCGACCCCCUGGAGCGAGCCAUGGCCGAGCUGGCCCUGUGAGCUCUCACCUGGAACCCUUGCCUUGAGUUGAUUUCAUAGUUUUGUUGAAAAGAGGCGCUGGCCCACAGUGCUGCCUUCAUGUUGCUUUUAACGCCAAAUAAUAGUCAAGCUUUUAACAGGUUUUUGAUCCAAUCUCCGACAGCGUAUUAUUUUUUUUUAAAUAGAUUUUAUAUUCGGACACAUGCCCCAUCACUAGUAAACACAGCCAGCAAAGAAGCAAUAGAAAGAUGCCUUAAUAUUCUCCUUUUUAGUUGUCAUUUUAAUGGCACUGUGCCUCUUUAGGAUAGUACAUGUUUAUAUCUGCAAUGCACGCAUGGCAUAUUUAUUAUUGGAUUAAUUGCCAUCACAACAAUAAAACCUAAUAAAAAUGAA